AUGGAACUCGUGGAGCUCACACCACUUAGAGGAGCUUUGGUUGGUCUACCUGGAGUUGAUGGCUUAUCCACAGAGCAAAGGAAAAGGCUCACAAUUGCUGUUGAACUCGUAGCUAAUCCUUCCAUAGUUUUUAUGGAUGAGCCCACAUCAGGCUUGGAUGCAAGAUCCGCUGCUAUUGUAAUGAGGACUGUGAGGAAUAUAGUGAACACGGGCAGAACGAUUGUUUGUACUAUUCAUCAGCCAAGCAUAGACAUCUUUGAAUCCUUUGAUGAGCUUUUAUUUAUGAAACGAGGCGGAGAGCUCAUUUACGCUGGACCUCUAGGGCCAAAGUCAUGCAAACUUAUAGAGUAUUUUGAGGCAAUCGAAGGAGUCAAAAGAAUUAAACCCGGGCAUAACCCUGCUACAUGGAUGUUAGAGGUCACUUCAACUGCAGAAGAAAGUCGUAUUGGUGUUGAUUUUGCAGAAGUUUAUCGAAGAUCAAAUCUAUUUCAGCGAAAUAAAGAUUUGGUGGAAAGGCUUUCUAAACCAAAUAGCGACUCCAAAGAGCUGAAUUUCCCCACCAAAUAUUCUAAGUCAUUCUUAGAUCAAUUUCUGUCUUGCCUGUGGAAGCAGAAUCUCUCUUAUUGGCGAAACCCACAAUACACUGCAGUUCGUUUCUUCUACACGUUUAUCAUAUCGUUGAUGCUUGGGACAAUAUGUUGGAGAUUCGGUGCUAAAAGGGAUACACAGCAGGAGAUAUUCAACGCUAUGGGAUCCUUGUACAUUGCAGUGUUGUUCAUUGGAGUUACCAAUGGCACUGCUGUUCAACCUGUCGUUUCUGUUGAAAGAUUUGUUUCUUACAGAGAGCGUGCUGCGGGGAUGUAUUCAGCUCUACCUUUUGCAUUUGCUCAGGUCGCAAUUGAGUUCCCUUAUGUGCUUGCUCAAGCACUUAUUUACUGUGCAAUAUUCUAUUCCAUGGCUUCUUUCGAGUGGACUUCUUCCAAAUUUAUUUGGUACAUUUUCUUCAUGUACUUCACCAUGCUGUACUUCACCUUCUAUGGAAUGAUGACUACUGCUGUCACGCCAAAUCACAAUAUAGCAGCCAUAAUUGGUGCUCCAUUUUAUAUGCUCUGGAACCUUUUCAGUGGAUUCAUGAUACCUCACAAGAGGAUACCGAUAUGGUGGAGAUGGUAUUACUGGGCAAAUCCAGUAGCAUGGAGUCUAUACGGCCUUGUCGCCUCACAGUAUUCCGAUAGCGAUAGACCAGUAAAGCUGUCAGAUGGGAUCACUGCUAUCCCGGCUAGGGUUCUUCUUGAUCACGUGUUCGGAUUUAGGCAUGAUUUUGUUGGUAUCGCGGGGUUCAUGGUGGUUGGUUUCUGCAUCUUAUUUGCAGUCAUUUUUGCUUAUGCUAUUAAAGCUUUCAACUUCAUGAAGAGAUAA